AUGAAGAGCUUUUCCGACGAACCUUGGAAGGGGGAAUCCAAGAUUAUAUUGGGAAUUGACUUGGGAACAACGCAUAGCGCCGUGUCGUUUGCUUAUUUGUAUCAAGGGGAUCGCCAGGUUGUUCGAAGAGUGACCAAGUGGCCCGGUCAGGAAGCGCACAAGGAUCAUAGCAAGAUACCAACCCUCCCACAAUGCUUUGGCGCCGAGGCCGUUACGCUAGAGAAACGAGACCAAGCUGAAGAGGAAGGAUGGUCGUUGGCCAAAUACUUCAAGUUGCAUUUACAUCCCCAAUCAAUGAGGUCGCAAGACAGGUUGACCCUCUACCCACUUCCCUUUGGCGUCUCCCUCUCCAAAGUGUACACCGACUUUCUCGGCUACCUCCUCCGCCACACCCGUACCUUUUUCGAAGAACACAUCAUCGAUGGCCCUCAAAUAUGGAAAACAUGCGCUUCGAACAUUUUGAUCGUGAUGGCACAUCCAAACGGCUGGGCAACCCGCGAACAAAACUUUAUGAGGCAGGCCCUAAUGGAUGUUGGGCCCGAGUACAAGAACUACCAGGUUACCUUCGUGACCGAAGGAGAAGCCAGCGUGCAUUUUUGCAUGUUCAAUAGCAAUAUGGAAUCAGCGCUCGAGCCACAUACAGAUUUGAUUGUGUGUGAUGCUGGUGGGUCGACGGUGGAUACUACAGCAUACGUAGUAGAGAGCACAUCCCCGAUGCUGGAAUUGCGAGAGAGGAAAGCCUCUGCUUGUAUACAAGCGGGAGGGGUAUUCGUUGAUAUCGAGUGCGAGAAAUACCUGACCAAACUAUUAUCCGUUGCACACCUUGACGAAGAGGACAUACGUGAAUACUUGGGAAAUGGAUUGCGGGACUUUGAAGCGGGAGCUAAACAAGAAUUCGGCUCCGCUGAUGGUGCGCAUUACAUCAAUUUCAAUGACUCGAGGUUCUCAAAGGAAACGAUUGGGAUUAAGAGAGGUCGAAUGUCUUUGAAAGGCUCGAUUAUUGAGACCUUUUUUGAGGGAGUGGUUUCAAGCACAAUCACAAGUCUCAAACAGCAGAUGCAAGGACUCUCUCCCAAGCAUCUUCUUCUAGUUGGCGGGUUUGGAGAAAGCAAGUACCUCCGGCGUCGACUUAACCAAGAAUUCUCAAAGGACGGGUGUCGGGUUGCGAUCGUAGAUGAUUCGACGUCCAAAGCCGCCGCAGACGGCUCGGUCAUUUGGGCAGCCAAACUCUCAGUCGUAGGUCGAGUUACGCGAACAUCGUAUGGCACAACUGUCCGAACGCGAUACGAUCCUCUCAACCCUGACCAUUUGGGACGAAAGUUCUCACGAGGAAAUGGGGGGUAUCAGGGAGUUACAGGAAAGUGGAGUGAGAUUGUUGCCGAGGGCGUAACGCUGAGCGCACAAGAAUCCGCCCGAAGGAAAUUUCUCAAGUCUUAUAAGCCUGGAAGAAGCUCCUAUUCGGACUUGGAAAAAUAUACAGAUGAGAUCUGGGUAUAUUAUGGACAACCGGGAACGAACCCAGGGUGGAUCGAAGAUAAAGACGUCGAAGCCAAUCUUGCUGGGAUGCGAGACGCACUUAUUCGCAAGGUAGGUGCAGAUGGGACAUACGAAGUCCUUGAAUUUUGGUUAGCAAUUCAAGCCGGCGGGACCGAGCUUUGCGCGAGAAUAGAAUGGAUUGAGAAUGGGGUACAGAAGAGCGGGCCUGUAACGAUUAUGCCAGAGCCUGUGGAUCCUCUACCUAGUGGAGGAAACAUGACUGGUUGA